UCAAAACGCCGCUUUCCAACUCCAAUGAUAGGCGCGCUUUCUCCUUUUUCACGCCAUUUUCACCACCCCUCCCUCUUGUCUAAACUCCUAGUCCAUUUUCCUCUCUCUGCCUUCCCGGUCCUUCUUGCAUUCAUUUCCAGCGUUCUCUCUGGAAUUAUUGCCAGUCCUUUUUGCAUUCAUUUUCAGCUCUCUCUCUGGAAUUUUGAUCCAGGGGGGGUGAUUCAGUGUUUGGUUGAGCAAUGGAAUCAAUUAUUGGCAAGGCAUUGGAAUACACGCUUAAAUACUGGCUCAAGUCCUUUUCUAGGGAGCAAUUCAAGCUUCAAGGCCGAACUGCUCAACUCUACAAUCUAGAUAUAAAUGGGGAUGCUCUCCAUGCCAGCGCUGGACUCCCACCUGCUUUGAAUGUGACUCAUGCAAGAGUUGGCAAGUUGGAGAUACAGCUGCCUUCGUUUUCAAAUGUACAAACGGAGCCAAUUGUUGUUCAAAUUGAUAAACUUGAUCUUGUUCUUGAAGAGAAUACAGGAUCUGAUCUUGGUAAAACUUCAUGCAGUAAUCAAUCUAGUUCAAGCUCAGCAAAAAGUAGUGGUUAUGGAUUUGCUGAUAAGAUUGCAGAUGGAAUGACUGUGGAAGUUGGUAUAGUCAACCUUAUGCUUGAAACUCGAGGAGGUCCUGGACGCAAGGGGGGUGCCACAUGGACUCCUCCUCUUGCAUCUAUAACUAUACGCAACCUUUUGCUAUAUACGACAAAUGAGAAAUGGCAGGUUGUGAACCUCAAGGAAGCACGUGAUUUUUCUGACAAUGAAAAGUUCAUAUAUGUUUUUAAAAAAAUGGAGUGGGAGUCAUUGUCCAUUGAUCUACUACCACAUCCUGAUAUGUUCGCUGAUGAGCGGCUGACGUCUUCCAAUUCCAGAGACACAAGCCGGGAUGAUGAUGGCGCCAAACGGCUCUUCUUUGGAGGGGAACGGUUUCUGGAUUCGAUAUCUGGACAGGCUUAUAUAACCGUGCAAAGGACAGAACAAAACAAUCCAUUGGGGCUUGAGGUUCAGUUGCAUAUUCCGGAAGCUGUUUGUCCUUCUUUAAGUGAGCCAGGCCUACGUGCUCUUUUGCGGUUCAUGACGGGGUUGUAUGUGUGUUUAAAUAGGGGAGAUGUGGACCCCAAGGCACAACAGCGGUGUACUGAGGCAGCAGGGCGCUCUUUAGUCUCCAUCAUUGUAGAUCAUGUAUUCCUCUGCGUGAAAGAUGCUGAAUUUCAGCUGGAGCUUUUAAUGCAGUCACUCUACUAUUCUCGGGCAAGUGUAUCUGAUGGAGAAAAUACAAAAAACAUAUCCCGAGUCAUUGUUGGUGGACUAUUUUUGAGGGACACAUUUUCACAUCCACCAUGCACCUUGGUGCAGCCAUCAAUGCAAAUUGAUAGCAAGGACUCACCUGAUACUCCAGAUUUUGCUGGUGAAGGACUAUGGCCAAAAAUCUAUCCUCUCGGAGAGCAGCCUUGGCAAUUACAUGCCAGCAUUCCUUUAGUUUUCCUCUACUCUUUCCAGCUCAAUCCUUCACCUGCCCCGCCAUCUUUUGCCUCACAGACAGUUAUUAAUUGCGAGCCUCUCAUUAUAAAUCUUCAGGAGAAGUCUUGCUUAAGGAUCAGUUCCUUUUUAGCAGAUGGAAUUGUGGUAAACUCUGGUGCAGUUCUACCUGAUUUCUCAGUUAACUCAAUGGUAUUUACGUUGAAAGAGUUUAAUCUCACUGUUCCUUUGGAUUCCGGAUUGCCUGAUGCAAAGCUCAAUAUGAUGCCUUCUCAGAGCUCAUUUGAGGGAGCUAGGCUCCAUGCUGAGAAUCUCAUUUUUCAUCAAUCGCCAGCAUUAAGGCUCAAGCUACUGAACUUGGAAAAGGAUCCUGCCUGCUUCUGUUUAUGGGAGAGUCAGCCAAUUGACUCCAGCCAGAGAAAAUGGACAAUGCGAGCUUCACAUCUAAACCUAUCUCUGGAAACCAGUAUUGGUGAAAAGAAGAGUCCAGAUCUUUCUGAGUGGUCCACGGGCUUGUGGAGAUGUGUUGAACUGCAAGAUGCUUGCUUUGAGGCCGCCAUGGUGACUGCUGAUGGCAGCCCCCUGAUAACUGUGCCUCCUCCUGGUGGUCUUGUCAGAAUUGGUGUUGCCUGUGAGCAGUACUUAUCUAACACUUCAGUUGAGCAACUACUUUUUGUAUUGGACCUCUAUGCUUAUUUUGGACGAGUUAGUGAAGAAAUAGCAAAAGUUGGAAAGAUUAAGAGGCAGGGUAGGAAGGCUGGUUUGUUGAAAGGUGGAAUGAUGGACUAUGCCCCUAGUGAUACAGGGGUUAGUCUAGCACUGAACCACCUUCGGUUUCGAUUCUUAGAAUCUUCUGCUUCAAUCGCUGAUCUAGGAAUGCCUCUCGUCCAGUUUGAAGGAGAGGAUCUGUUUAUCGGAGUUACUCAUAGAACUCUGGGUGGUGCUGUAGUUGUGUCAUCAAGCAUACACUGGGAGCUUGUUCAGGUUGAUUGUGUGGAUUCGGAAGGCCUUUCAAGCCAUGAGGUCAGCUUUAUGACUGCACAUGAAAAUGGGCGCUCACAAAUGAGACCCGUAUUUUGGAUUGAUAACAGAAGAAGCAGGGUUGAGCAGAACAAGCAUCCAGAGGCUCUGCCAUUUUUGGAGGUAAACACGGUACAUGUGAUGCCUUAUAGGAUAGCAGAUCCAGAAUGCCAUAGUUUGAGUGUUGUUGCAAAGGUGAGUGGAGUGCGUUUGGGUUGUGGGAUGAAUUAUACUGAGGCUCUGCUGCAUAGGUUUGGUAUACUUGGGCCUGAUGGUGGGCCUAGUGAGGGAUUGUCGAAUGGGUUGAAGAAUUUAUCGAGUGGUCCCUUGUCAAAGCUUUUGAGAGCCUCUCCCCAUGUUGACGUUGAUCAUACAGAUAAUGGAAUUUCUGAAGACAUAGGCAGCAAUAUGUUUUUGGAAGUUGGGAGGCCUGAUGAUCUGGAUGUGUCUAUAGAAUUUAGGAACUGGUUGUUCGCUCUUGAAGGUGCAAAAGAAAUGGCUGGGAGUUUUAAUUCUGAAUUUGAGCAGAUUGGUAGAGAAAAGCGUUGUUGGCAUACCACUUUCCGCAGUCUUGAAAUAAAGGCAAAAAGCAGUUCGAAACACUCCAGAGAGAUUAUCAGUGAUGAAGUGAACACAUCCUUUAGGUACCCAGUGGAGUUGAUCAUUGCUAGUGUAGAGGGGUUGCAGGCUAUAAAGCCUCAAGCAAGAAAUAGCAUCCUUCAAUCUGGUCAUUGUUUUAAUGGAACUGACGCUUACAAUGAAGAACUAGGACUAUCUAAACAACCUACUGGAGGCUGUAGUGGAAUAGAUCUUGAGACGCGCAUGGUACUCUCUGAAGAUGUUACAGGCUUGCAAAUGGCUAAAUGGGAAGUAGAGAGCUUGAAGUUCUCUGUGAAACAUCCAAUUGAGGCAGUAGCAACAAAAGACGAACUGGAGCACCUUGUCCUGCUAUGUAGAUUGGAAGUUGACUCCAUGGGAAGAAUUGCUGCUGGCAUUCUGCGGGUCUUGAAACUCGAGGAAUCCAUUGGCCAAGCAACCAUCAAUCAACGAAGCGAGAGCCUUGACAGGAUAUUUGCGCCUGAGAAAGUAAGCCGAUGCAGUAGUGUUGGCAAGAUAGGCUUCAUGCCAUCUUCAAACACUAUGAUUGAAAACAUGAAUGGAAGCCUUGAUUCAACGAUUGCAUGCCUGGAGGCUGCGAUCUCAGAUUCCCAGGCCUUAUGUGUAGCUCUUGAUUCAAAUUUGCUUGAGGAUCCUUCAAUCAGGGGUCCCAAAGUAACCCCUCAGUAUACCAUGAAUGUAGGAGAACUGACCCAGAAGCUCGGAAGUAUGCAGAUGCUGUUAAGUAGAUUACGGACACAAAUUUAGCUAGGUCAAUUGUCUUUUUCACUAUUUGCUCUAAGGUUUUAAAGUCUUCUGGCUUGUUGGCAUGCCAUUCUUUGUUGUAUAUAUGUAACUGUCUAUUUUAUGAGUAUGUUACAGGCUGUAAUAAGCGGAGGGAACCUCUGCAGAAGUUCUGUGGCAUUCGUGUUUCGUUUU